AUCUUUAAAAUUGACAGACACCAGCCGCCAUUAGUGAGGUUAUAUACACCUGUCGCUUGUACGGUUAUGUUUAUAACAAACCCAAUGCCCAAACAAAGCAAAUUACAAACAUCCACCACCCGCGGAUAACAUCUUCACCCCAUUUCGACGCGACACCCUCACCAUGGCACUCUUCGAGUACUCGGACAAGUUCUUCCAAAUCAACACUUCCAACAAGAACGUGCACUACUGCAAAAUCUGCCCCUACUUCUCCACGUCGAUCCUGUUCAUGAUAAACCACGUCAGACGUCACCGAGCCCCCAAGAAACUCUUCGACUGUCCAUCCAACACCAUCGAGACCUACUUCUGCAAGGACUGCGGCUUCCGCACUAGUCUGACCGUGCUGUUCAAGAAGCACAUCCGGCAGCACCACCACAGUCAGAGCAGCCCCCCGAACGGACACUCUCAGGUCCGCCGCUACAUCUGUGCCGAGUGCAACUUCAUCACUUACUUUUCGCUGACGCUGAUGCAGCAUGUGGUGAAAAAGUGCCUCAAAGAUAAGGUGGCGAUUUUUCCGGCGCCGGAAAAGUGCACUGUACCGGAACCAACAAGUGUGAGACUAAAUGGGAUCAGGAAAAGUCGCAGGACAAGCACUAAUUGGUCGAAGGGGGCGCAGUUUAAGUGUGGCCAGUGUCCGUAUAAAGCCAGGAGGGAGUGUCUUCUGGCUGCACAUAAAAUGAACGAGCAUUUGGCGAGGACCGACAAGUGGAAGCAGUGUGAUGAAUGUCCAUUCAAAGCCCGGAAGUUCAGUCGCUUGAAGAACCAUAAAAUAGCGAAACACUUGAAGGAGAGCGAAAUCGAAUGGUUCUUGUGUGGGUACUGUUCAUACAAAGGGAAAUUCAAACACUCGCUGAAGCGUCACGUGUUGAGGCGACACCCCUCCAAGAAAUAUUUCGAAGGCAACAAAAGUAGUCCUGCUGUAUUUAAAUGCGACAAAUGCCCGAACCAAUUCCAGUGGAAGAAAAAUCUACAAUUACAUGUGAUGGCAAAACAUGGUACUACCAAUUCCAAGUGGUACAAAUGUGAUCAAUGUACCUUUAAAACCAAUCAUUCUUGGAAUUUAGCCCAACACCAAGUACACGUACACCGAGAAGUUAGUUCGGACGACUGGCGGCAGUGUAAGUUUUGUAUUUACAAAACCAAAUUUAGACAAAACUUGUCACGUCACGUUUUGCAAAAGCAUCCAAAAGGGGCGCAGUUAAUUAAUAAAAAGAGCAAAGUAGAAAUUCGUCCGAAAGCAUCAAGUCCGGUCAAACCGAAAGAGGAAAAUUCAAUCGCAACGCCUAGUACCGAAGAUACUAAAUGGCACUUGUGUGACCUCUGUUCAUACAAAACUAAAUACGUCGGAAAUUUAAAUAAACACCAAUCAUGUAAACACUUCAAGAACGACAAAACCGAUUGUUUCCCGUGCUCGUUGUGUCCAUACAAGGCGAAAUUUAGAUAUAACUUGACCACUCACAUGAAAACCCACUCACAAACAUCACAAUCAAACACGACUUCUAAUAAAGUGAAGGCGGAGAAUUUAAUCGUGACGCGUAGUAAUGGAGAUAGUAAGUGGCACGAGUGUGACCAGUGUGGCUACAAAGCCAAACUAUAUUCGGAUUUACGCGAGCACAAAUCGCGCCAACACGUAACAGUCAAAGGGGAAUGGUUGAAUUGUAAACUGUGUCCAUACAAAUCAAAAUUGAGACGAAGCUUCUGGAGUCACUUGAAAAAACACAGAAAACCAGAAUUGCAGGAACCCCCAACUACAAUAAUCAAAAGCGAAGAAGACUUAACCCCCAUGCCCAAACUAAGCAAACCGUCGAAACUCUACGAGUGCGAAAAGUGUUCCUAUAGAUUCCCCGGUAAGGUGAGUUUGAAGCGCCACAUGACCUCGAAACACACCAACGAAAAAAAAUUCACCUGGUUUAACUGCGACCAGUGCCCUUACAAAACCAAAUUUAUCAAAGACCUCCACUUCCACAAAAUCUGUCAACACUUAAAAGACGACGAGAUCGACUGGUUUCAAUGUAAAUACUGCGAGUAUAAAACUAAACUGGAGAAAUUAUUGCGCAGACACACUCUAAAGCACCACCCGACAAAAGCGGUGGAAUAUAUGAAGCAACGUCAGAAGGAUUGCGCCAAAACGUAUCCCUGUGAUCAGUGUCCAGCGAUAUUCCAAGGCGAGAUAAGUUUCAAGCGACACGUGGACACCAAACACGUGUUAAAGUGCGAGUUUUGCGCCUACAAAACUAACCUUAACUCGUUGUUAAAAAGGCACGUGCUUAAAAAUCAUAAAGUGAAGGUUUCCAGUAAUGAUGCGAAGGGUCUGAGUUGCAGUGAGUGUUUGGUGGUGUUUAAGACAUCGGCGAUUUUGAAGAGACACGUGAUUGAGCAGCAUACGGAUGAGAAGGAUAUCGUGUGGUUUGAAUGCGACAGCUGUCCGUAUAGGUCGAAGAGGCGCGGGGGGUUGUUUGCGCAUGUUAGGAACCGGCAUCCAGGCAACAGUAUUAAGUAUUAAUUUUUGUGUGCGAUUUAGUUACAGUAGCAUGUAUAUUUGCUUUUUCAUGCUUUGUUAUACUGUGAUUUCCUGUAAUUAGGUGAUAAGAGAUGUGACUAAAUUUGUAGGAAAGUAUACAUUUAUUGUGGAGGUUGUUUUUUUUUUGUCACGAAGGUUUUGUAAGAAAUAUUUGAAUAUAAUUUGCUCUUAGUAAAAAUAUAAA